AAGCGGGCAGCCGUUGACUGCGUUCAAGAUGGCUGCACGAAAAUGGGAAAAGUGAUUCUCGAUAAGGGAACUUCGGAGGAAGCAGCAGCCUUCUCUGAAGUGGCAUCUGAGGAGCCUGUGCUGGCUGUAUUGGAAUUCGUGGCAGCCCGCUGUAGGGAGCAGCUCGACACCAUCCUCACAACGGAAGCAACAGAGCUGACCCCAUGCUUGGUGAGGUCAUCAGAUCAAGCUUUGGACCUCUUUGUGGAUGGCCAGCGGCUUUUCGCAGUGUCCAACCUCUUAGAAGGCGUGGCAUGCCUGUUUGCAUCAUUUUGGGUAUUCCACAUUGAAUACCCUAAAAAAGCGUGCAAGCUGCUCACAUUUUUAGAGCAUGGGUUUAUGGGCCUCAGCCACACAAAGCCACGGGUGAAAGCCCUCGAGUUAAUUAAUUUUUUCAAAGCGCACAAACAGUGAUGAAAAAUUGCUCUCUGAAAAAAUAGUUUGCACCAUCCUGCACUAUGGGGCAACUUAAAAGUAAUGCAUUAGUUGUGGACAGUGUGCCUCUAGACUUAAUUUCUUGCUUUAAAUAGAGUCCUAGUGCU